CUUCUCCUCUCCCACUCCCUUUCUACUACCAGCCUCCCCGCCUGCUCGUGCCUCUCCAUUCUCUCCUGGUGGCGGAUCUGCGGGCUGGCCGAGAUGACCCCGUGGCCCGCGGAGCUGAGCAGCCCGGCGGCGGCCGGCUCGCUGCUGCUGUGUGCCGGGCAGCUGGCGGCGGGCUACGCGCUGGGCAGCCGCCUGGGCCGCGGGGCGAGCUCUGCGGACCGCUGGGUGCUGGUCUGGCUCUGCUAUGACGCCCUGGUGCAUUUCACGCUGGAGGGUCCCUUUGUCUACUUGUCUUUAGUAGGAAGUGUGGCAGACUCAGAUGGCAUAAUUGCUUCGUUAUGGAAAGAAUAUGGCAAAGCAGAUGCAAGAUGGCUUCAUUCGGAUCCCACCAUUGUAUCCUUGGAGAUGCUGACUGUCGUUCUGGAUGGAUUGCUAGCCUUGCUCCUCAUUUAUGCCAUAUUAAAAGAGAAGUACUAUCGGCAUUUCAUUCAGAUUACCCUGUGUGUAUGUGAGCUGUAUGGCGGGUGGAUGACCUUCUGUCCAGACUGGCUUAUUGGAAGCCCCAACCUUAACACCAGCAAUUGGCUUUAUCUUUGGGUCUACCUGGUGUUUUUUAAUGGUGUGUGGGUAUUGAUUCCAGGACUGCUACUGUGGCAGUCAUGGAUAGGACUCAAGAAGAUGCACCAGAAGGAAAUGAAGCCAGGAAAAAAGUUCAGAUGAAUGUUCAAAAUCACAACCGUAUUCUUUGUUUAUAAGUUAUUGUGGUUUUUAGCCCACUGUUGUGUGGCUAAGACGUAAUAACCAAUCUUUUCAAGUUAUUUUUCUUCCAGUUGUAUUUUUUUAAACUGAUUUGUUUUCCUUAACAAUAAAAUGCAAAGGAGCCAGGGGCUCAGGAUUUUUUAAUUAAAUAUAGGGAUAACUUUACAAUUUAACUCGUGCCAAUAAUGAAGUUCAUCAAAUAAUUGUUGAGUUGUACUACAUUAAUAAACAUUACGAUUUGUUAGAGA